GGGGUUUUUCAGCUGGUCAAUCAUAGGAUCCCCACGGAGCUGAUUCAACGUUUGCAGAAUGUCGGGAGGAUACGCGAGGAAGUACACAUUAGACCUAGAAAAGAGAAGAGGUACGGUCGAUCAACUCUUCCAUAAUAUCUGGCCACCUUCGGCCGUGAAUCCUAAGAAUCCUCAAGAUUACAGGGAAGUGAACGCGGAGUGCACAAAGCACGUAAAGAUGCUAUCAGAGAAGAUUAUGGAGUGGUUGUCAGAAGGGUUAGGGUUACGUCGUGAGGCUAUUAACGAAGUUGUUGGCGGUGAGUAUCUGCUGAAUGUCAACUACUAUCCACCGUGUCCACAUCCCGACGUGAUCAGGGGAUUGAAUCCACACACAGAUGUUAGUGGGCUCACACUCCUCAUAACCAAUGAGAUUCCGGGAUUUCAAGUGUUCAAGGACGAUCAAUUGAUUGAGGUCGAGUAUAUCCCCUUUACUGUUAUAGUCAACAUCAGCGAUCAGAUCCUAAGGCUUAGCAGCGGAAGGUACAAGAGCGUAUUGCAUCAAACGACCGUGGAUAAGGAGAGAAUAAGAAUUAGGCCUACCAAAGAUACGGUCGUGGGACCUUUUCCCGAGCUUAUCGGCCAAGACGAUCCUCCCAAAUUUAGGCCCAUGCUAUACAAGGACUACAUUUACCGCAAGGUUCGAUACUUGCCGUUCUCUGAUCUGGACUCAUGA